AUGGCUCCAAAGGUCAAUGCACCGUCCCAGUUCUCAGAUGCCGCCCUCCAGCACCGCUUGGAGCUGGUGGGUGGCGCCAAGGGCGCCGGCAUGUCUGCGCUUAUGAAGAGUCUGAGAGUUUUCGCCGUGGCCUGCUUUGCUUGUCUCGGCGGACUGCUCUAUGGAUACAAUCAAGGUGUUUUCUCUGGCAUCCUCGUCAUGCCCGCCUUCGAGCGAUACAUGGGCGACUGGGUUGGUAACGGCACAAAGAUCGGCUGGCUGACUUCAAUCCUCGAGCUUGGCGCCUGGACCGGAACAAUGUAUUCUGGCUUCCUUGCUGAAAUCAUCUCCCGCAAAUAUGCUAUCAUCGUCAACACAGCCAUCUUCAUCCUCGGCGUCGUUAUCCAGUGCACCGCUGUGUCGGCUGGCCACUCGGCCAUUCUUGGUGGUAGAUUCAUAGUGGGUUUGGGCGUCGGCUCGUUGUCGAUGAUCGUUCCCAUGUACGUGGCCGAGUGCUCACCACCCGAACUUCGCGGCUUCAUGAUUGCUAUCCAACAAUUCGCUAUCGAAUUCGGCAUCAUGAUCUCGUUCUGGAUCGAUUAUGGCUGUAACUAUAUCGGCGGUACUGGUGAGACGCAAAGCAAGACCGCGUGGCUCCUGCCGCUUGCACUUCAAUUCAUUCCUGCCGUGAUCUUGCUGGUCGGGAUGUCUUUCAUGCCAUUCACUCCUAGAUGGUUGGCCCAUCAUGGAAGGGAGGCGGAGGCGAAAAAGACCCUGGCGAUGCUCAGAUCACUGCCCGAAGAUCACGAACUGGUGGAGCUCGAGUUCAUGGAGAUCAAAGCCCAGUCGUUGUUUGAGAAGCGCACGACACAGGAGAAGUUCCCUCAUCUCGCCGAUCAGAGCUGGUCGAGUACCAUCAAACUCCAAUUUGUUGCCAUCGGUUCUCUGUUUAGGACCAAGCCGAUGUUUCGAAGAGUCGUCGUUGCAACAGUGACGAUGUUUUUCCAGCAAUGGACAGGUAUCAACGCCAUUCUCUACUAUGCUCCGAUUAUCUUCAAGAAUGGUCUCGGUCUCUCCGGAAACACCACGAAUUUGCUGGCGACUGGCGUUGUUGGAAUCGUGAUGCUGUUAGCCACUAUUCCAUCCAUGAUCUACAUCGAUCGCAUUGGAAGAAGACCAGCUUUGGCUCUUGGCGCUCUGGGCAUGGCCUUUAGCCACUUCACCGUCGCCAUAAUUUAUGCCAAGAAUGAAAAUCAAUGGCCGACACACCAAGCAGCUGGCUGGGCGGCCAUCGUCAUGGUUUGGCUCUUUGUUGUGCAUUUUGGAUGGUCAUGGGGACCUUGCGCGUGGAUCGUCGUCGCAGAAGUGUGGCCCUUGUCUGCCCGCCCGUACGGUAUUGCUCUGGGCGCAUCUAGCAAUUGGAUGAACAAUUUCAUCGUCGGACAGGUCACUGUUGACAUGAUCGAUGGUAUCCGUUAUGGCACAUUUAUUCUCUUCGGGUGCCUCAUUACUCUUGGUGCUGCGUUCGUCUGGUUCAUCGUACCUGAGACCAAGCAACUGACCCUUGAGGAGAUGGACAUCGUCUUCGGAAGCAGCGGUGUUGCAGCUGCUGAUCAGGAGCGCAUGGACCAAAUCAACAGGGAGGUUGGACUGGUUUCGGCAGCCCCUGGUGGUCGGGUCACACCUUCCAGCGAGAAGCCUGAGGCCGAGACAGUCCUCGCGGAGAAGCAAGGUGCCUGA